AUGGAGGGCGGGCCAUCGCUUGAGCUGCUCGUUGGGCAUGCGCUGGUGCGCGUGGAUGAGGCUGGCGAAGUGUGCGAUCGUCUCGAGGCGGAAACCAAGCAAGCAUUUCACUCGCUGGAGUCUCGCCUACAGGCUUCCGCGGAAGCCACCGUGCAGGCGCUCGAGCAACGCAUGUCGGACCUGGUGUUGGGACAUGUCAAGCAGCUCGAGACGCAGAAUUCUGAGCUGAGGAAUCUGGUGACACAGCUACAGCUGCAGGUGCAGCAGCUGCAGGCGCAGCCCGCGAUCGUCUCCUGUGGCCAGGCUCGUAAGCAAGGCCAUCCAUCCUUGAAAGAGAUGCGGGCAAUGGGGGUCACAAUUGCUGAGGCUAAGUACGGCGGGUACGAAAGCGCAGAGGCAGGUGCGGCGGGCUACUCGGCAACAGAAAUGCGUGCUUCGGGCUAUACAGUGGAAGAGGUCAAGAGUUCCCUCACAGCGCUGAAGCCGAGCGGUAUGACAUGCGCAGAUGCGAAGGCUGCAGGCUAUGUGGAUGGGCUCAAGGCCGCAGGUUACUCGCUGCAAGAGGCCAAGGCGGCAGGCUACUCGCCAGCAGAGCGGCGGCGCGCUGGUUACACCUGUGCUGACUUCAAGGCGGCUAACUUGACGUGUCGCGAGGCGGAAGCAGCGGGCUUCUCGUCGCGCGAGGGGAUGACCGCGGACUAUUAUUGCUGCGGCAGUGGAGGUUACUACAGCCACGAUUGGCAUUGCAGUGACCCUCGAGCGUGUAAUAAAUAA